CACAUGGCACUGGUUCAUCACCGUCCUAUAUAGUUAUCCUACAGCUCAGGCUUUAUACUGUGGCUAGAAAAGAGCAAGAUUUGCUGUCAACCGAGAUCGUCAACCGUGGGAUCGAGUCAUCGGGGCCAAACGCCGGCUCCUUAACCUUCUCCGUUCGAAGGCGGCUCCCGGAUUUUCUCCAGUAAGUCAACUUGAAAUAUGUGAAGUUGGGGUACCAUUAUUUGAUCAACCAUGGGAUUUACUUGGCUACCAUACCUGUGCUGGUGCUUGUUUUUAGUGCCGAAGUGGGCAGCCUCAGCAGGGAAGAGCUUUGGAAAAAGCUUUGGGAAGAUGCUCGUUAUGAUCUCGCCACUGUGCUUUCGUUCUUCGCUGUGUUUGUGUUCAACGUCUCGGUCUACUUCAUGUCACGCCCUCGGUCCAUUUAUCUUGUUGAUUUCGCUUGUUAUCGUCCCCACGAUGAUCUCAAGAUGACCAAGGAUCAGUUUAUUGAACUCGCAAGAGCGUCGGGCAAGUUCGAUGAACCGAGCCUUUUCCAGAAGAGGAUACUGAAAACGUCGGGGAUCGGUGACGAGACGUAUGUCCCGAAGGCGAUUAUGUCGAAAGAAAACUGUGCAGCGUCGACUGGGAUGUUCGGUGCACUCGACGAGCUCUUCGAAAAGAAGAGGAUUCGACCCAAGGAUGUUGGGGUUCUUGUCGGGAACUGCAGCAUUUUCAAUCCGACGCUGUCUCUCUCGGCGAUGAUCAUCAACCGUUAUAAGAUGAGGGGCAAUAUUUUGAGCUAUAAUCUGGGCGGGAUGGGGUGCAGCGCGGUGAUCGUCGCGGUGGAUUUGGCUCGGGACAUGUUGCAGGCCAACCCGAAUAACUAUGCCGUGGUGGUGAGCACUGAGAUGGUAGGGUACAAUUGGUACCCGGUAAGGAUCGGUCAAUGCUUGUUCCGAAUUGUUUUUUCAGGAUGGGAUUCUCCGCCGUGCUUUUGUCUGACCGCCAUCGUGACUACCGCCGUGCUAAGUACAGGCUUGAACACCUUGUGAGGACGCAUAAGGGAGCUGAUGAC